AUGGCGGCUACAAUGCAAAUACAUGAAAUGUCAAAAACAUAUCAAUAUCGUAAAGUUAUGAAACCGAUGCUUGAACGUAAGCGACGUGCUCGUAUCAAUAAAUGUUUAGAUGAAUUAAAAGAUUUAAUGGUUGCAACAUUAGAAUCAGAAGGUGAACAUGUUACACGUUUAGAAAAAGCUGAUAUUUUAGAAUUAACAGUACAACAUUUACAAAAAUUAAGACAAAAACGUAAAUUAGGAUUAGAAAAUUAUUUUCAACAAACAAAUACAACAUUAAGUCAAGCUGAAGGUUUUCGUUCCGGUUUUAUAUAUGCUGCUAAUGAAAUAUCAAGAAAUUUAGCAAAUUUACCUGGUAUUAAUAUAACAUUUGGUACAAAAUUAAUGACACAUUUAGGUAAACGUUUAAAUCAAUUACAAUCACAACAACAGCAACAACAACAACAUCAGCAACAAUAUCACCAAUUGAAUCAUCAACAACAGCUUUAA